UAAAACCCCAACCGGAAGUGGCUGGUUGAGUGUAGUGACGUCCCGGAGCUUCCAGGGCUCAGACCGUGAGGAGCAGCAGAGAAGGAGGAAGAGGAGGAAGAGGAGGAAUGGACGAAGAUCCCGGUGCGUUUGAUCCAAACAUCCCAGAAGAGGGACCUUCAGCGCCCCCUCCUGGCUGGCUGGAUGACAUACAUGGAUACCAAGGCCAUGAAGGAGGCCCGGAUGACCCGUUGUACCCCCCUCCCCCGGCCUACAGCCCCCAGCCUGAACUCAACAGGAACACCCUGGUGCCCAACGUCAGGGUCCCUACGAUAUCAGAGGAUGAGGCUCGACACGCCCUCCUCCAGUUCGUGGAAUCCAAAUGGACGUACAGCUCCAAACCUGCCAGGAACCUGACGUUCAGAGAGCUGCAACCCAUCACCGUCUACCGGUAUCGACUGGAGACCUACACUGAGACCAGAACCAGCGCCUGGCAGUUUGAACCUUACAACGGACAAAUGGUGGAUGGUCCUCAGUACGGCAUGUGUCCUCCACCGUGGGACGUCCCAGUGACUCUACCUCAGAGAUACACCGACAUGGUAGAGAAGGUCCGCGUGCCGCACACGUCCUUCAUAAAGCUCUGUCACAAAUGUAACGGCUUUGGAAGAACUCGCUGUAGCUGCUGCUUUGGUCGAGGCAUGAAGCGUUGCACUUUCUGCCACGGAAACGGUCGAUCCAGGAACAAGCGCUGCACCUCCUGUCACGGCCAAGGUCGCAAGAGGUGUAUCUCCUGUCACGGCAAAGGCUACAAGUCCUGCUCUAUUUGUCACGGCAGCCAGAACCUGCUGCAUUUCAUCCUGCUCACGGUCACAUGGAAACACAACGUAGACGACUUCAUUCCCGAUCGUCAGCCGGACUUUCCUGACAAGAAGUUUGAGAAGGUGACAGGAGAUCCUUUCUUCAUCGACGAGAAUGUUCUGGUUUAUCCCAUCCAGGGUUUCCCCGAUCAGGAGAUCUGUGAUGUUUCUUUUAAACUGAUCAACGAACACCUAACUCGCUUCAGCUCCACCAGCCGCAUCCUGCAGCAGCGUCAGACCAUCGAGCUGGUGCCGCUGACUCACGCUCUUUACUCGUACAAAGGAAAAGAACGCAGCUUCUUCGUCUACGGAACAGAGAACAAAGUGUUUACCUCCAAAUAUCCAUCUGCGUGUUCUAUUUCAUAAGUGGACACACGUUCAGACAGAUGUUGAACAGGUGUUGAACAGGUGUUGAACAGAUGUUGAACAGGUGAUUCAGUUGCAGUAACAACCUUUAAAUUCACUGAAAACACCUCCUUCAUUUUUAUAUAUAGAUUUAUAUACUUAUAUAUUAUAGAACAUAUCUUUCACAUGUAUGUACGUAACUGAAUUUAUCCAGUUUACACUAUAGACAGUUACUUUAUUGACUUUUAGUUAUUUUAUAAAAUACAGUAAUAGAUUUUAACCAUUUCACACAACCUCGGUUUCAGGUUACAAAUGAGUUUGUCCAUUUCACACUAAGAUUAUUAAUUCUGUUGUAUUGCAUCAAAGAUUUGACCCGUGGUUUGUUUCAGGUAAAUCCAAUGUGUACUAACGUCUGCUACCUCGUCCCUGUCAGUCGGACUGAACGUGUUCUCUUUACUUUAGAAUUCACUGUUAAAUGCAACCGGUUCAGUUUAAAAUCCUCCAGUUCACGUCCACAGAUACGGCUUUAACACCAGAAUGUCUCUCGUAUCCCUCCGCCCGAGCCGAGCAGCGCUUCACGUGAUUGUCUAGUUCUUAGAGUAGAAAUAUAAAAGAGAAAAGGAAGUGGUUUGAUAGAGUUAACGAUUCAUUUGCCAAAGACGAUAUGUUUGGUUGUGAGUUUGUGAGCAGGGUUCAAACUACUGAAGUGAUUUCCAUUAAAGCUGGGGGGGGGGGGGCAGGGUCAUAUUAGCAUAUUUAGAGAUCCAGUCGCCAUGAGAGAAAAUUGUCAUUUCAAACCUUUUGAAAACGUGAUGUUGACCAACAAAGAUCUUCAGGGGUUUAAUACGUUAAACAUGUCGAGAUCAGACGAGAUCUCCGAGCUAGUUUGUCAUAUAACAAAGAAAACCCUAGAUCCGCCCCCUAAUCUGCUCCAAAGUUUCAAUGGAUCUGCUCCGGCUCCGCCCCUCCUCCAUGUUGGGUGGAAAUCAGUUUGGUCGUUUUGACAAACAACAAACAGACAAACACGGUGUGAACUUCCCUCUUUAGUCGAGGUUAUUAUGUGUCUGGAUAUUAUCUGAUCAUCUUGAGGUGAUUUACGUCCUCGAGGCAAUUCUCACAAACCAUGAACUGUAAAUUACUCCGUGUUUGUUAUGUUGUGUGUAUUUUUACUUUCUGUGGGCUGAACCACUACUUCAUGUUGUGUUUUUAUACGAUAUUCAGUUUAAUUCCUUCAACCUAAAGACAAAAUACUUGUUAUUAUAUUACAUAAUGUAUAAGUUCCUCUGCACUGAUUCAUGUUUCAGGACGUCUGUUGUUCUUUUACAUCAUCUGUCUCAUGUUCAUGAACCUUUUUGACCUUUAAACACAGAAUCAUCAUCAACAGGUCAUGGAUAAAGUUUCAAUCAGAAAAGUCUAUUAUCGUUCUCUCAUCAGUUGAUCAACACAUAAAUGAGAAUUUUCAUACAAACAAUGUAACACAAUUGUGUCUAUAAAUCAAAUAACAACAAUAGAAACAACAACCCAGACGUCGUCCUGUCCACACAGUGCAAAUGUAUAUUUACUCAAAAAGAGGAAACAUCAAAGAAAGAUAAAAUGACAAUAAUAAAACAAUAAAAUACUAAAAGUGAAGUUAAAAUGCUAAACAUGAGUAAAACCAGAGUUAAAAAUUAGGGCAUUAAAGAACAAUUAAGUUAAAUAGACAAGUAAAUACAUAAAAUAAUGGAAAUUAUAUUAAAUGAAUGUCCUGACUAUAAAUGUAGGUUCUGACAUUUUAUAGACCAAACGAUUCAUCAAGAAAAUGAUUGUCGGAUUAAUUCGUAUUUAAAACAUCUGUUAGUGUAAAAAGAUUUUGCUCUGAAUGUUGUUAAAACCAAAGAUGAGAUUUGACUCCAGAAGAGUUGAAAUAUAAUAUACGUUAUAUAAAUAUACGUUUAUGAUCUAGUUUUGUUUUGACAUUUCAUGGUUAUUUUUCAUUUACUCAGCCAGUAUCACACCAACUGAAAUGAGCCAGUUUGAUAUGAAAUCACAGAAAAGUGCUGAACAUAAAUCUUCAACAUUAAAUGUAGGAAACAGGGAUUUUGUGAUGCUUCUCUUCCUGAUACUAAUUCCAAUACCUGGAAUACUUUGUGCAUAUGACUGAUCUGAUACCAGUUUGUUAAAAAUAACGUACAGAACGUAUAUUUUACCAGCUUGAAGCUACAAACCCUGUAGCUCUCUGAUUUCAAAUAAUCAAACCGACAGUUUGUUCAGCCUCUGACACUGCGACAACUCUUUAUAUUAUAUAUAUAUAUAUUAUAUAAUAUGUUUCUGUUUGUUUUGUUAUUUCUUAUCGUAUUCUUUUCAGCUCAGGAUGCUUUUAUACAAUAAAUUCUCUGAGUCCAUAAAAAAUCCUUAAUAAUAACUCACUGAUGACGUCAUUUUACAGCCUCUUGUUUUUACUUUUUAUAGGAAAAAAAAAAGAAAGUUGCCAUAUACACCUCAACAACUGUGUGACAUGUAAUCCUCAUCUGUCAAUGUCUAAUAAACUCUUUACAUUUACAGCUAAAGUGACAAAGUUUGUUUUUGUUUUAUAAAACUAUGAUAAAUAAAUAUUCAGCUAAAGUUGAUAAUAAAGAUAUUUCAUGUUUUCAUCCUGUUUUGUCGGACUCCGUCUACUUUAAGAAAUGAAUCAAUAUUUGACAAACAUUAAAGAAUCAUAUAACCAUCA